AUGGCCCCCAAGAAACCCCUCCAAGAGUGGCAUUUGUAAUUCGUAUGACAAGGGCUUCAGCCGCAGAAUAUUAGCGCCUACAUAUCUCCUUUCGUUAUUACAGUAAACCAUCUUGAUUGUCGCAAAAACCUCCGCACCAUUGCUCCAGAUCGCCCUGGCUUUGGCCUUCCCACCUUUCAACCCUAUCGUCGCAUCGUCGACUGGCCUGCGGAUGUGCAAAAGCUCGCUCAACAUGUUCAAUUGCCCGAAUACGCGGUAUUGGCGGUAUCGGGUGGAGGACCAUAUGCGUUGGCUUGUGCAGGUCAGCUGCCCAAAAGAACGGUGUCUGCAAUUACUAUCAUGGGUAUGCGAGGACUCAAACAGGCCGGGACGGAAGAUGUACCGACCGUAUCCAAAUUCAUCACCUGGCUCGCAACAUACUGGCCUCAAGGAUUGGGGGCGCUGAUAAUGGGCGCGGUAGUAGCCCUGAGGUAGUUUUCAAAUACAUGCUAUGGGAAAAAAUGGAUUGAUGCUUCAUUAGAGAAAGCUACCGUAUCUUAGUCUCAGCAACAGAGGGAAAGUCAGCAACACAGGGAAAGCAACGAGCAGCAAGAGCUUAAUUCUGAACAAGAUGAUACGUCUGAGGAACGGAGGAAUCGAGUAUUACGGAUGACCUUUGAUCGUUUUGCGCAUGGCAUCAGGGGCUUCGUGGACGAGGCCUACUUGUUAGCUCAAGAUUGGGGUAUCAAUUUUGAACAUGUCAAAUAUGACAACAUUUUGGUAUUUCAUGGAACCAAGGGUAAGCAAGCACCGUGA